AUGACUGAUGAAGCAUUGGAAGGUCGGCGUCACAACAAUUGGACCACGACUUCUCAUUUCACUAUGACCAACAUUCCGCCAAUGAGCGUCGACGAGCAGCUGGCUCACAUCCAGCGCCAAAAGGGCUACAUGGAGAAGCUGUUAGAGUUGGAUCUACUGGAGCAGCGUGYGAAGGGCUUGCAAGGCGGAGCGGUAUUCGGACAAGCACAUCUUCCCACCCCGUCACAGCCUAUGCAGUCCAUGGAGAGGCCAACCCCGACUCCAAGUGCGACUAUCACCACCAUAGACCUCACCACACCAUCGCCGCGGGCACUGCAGAUGAAGAGAGAGCCCAAGCAGGAGAAGAGCACUUCUCCAGCGCCCGCUGCCGUGGUCAACCAAGAGCACGCUCAGCAGAGCAACAUAUCACCAGAAGCUGAUCAGGCUCCAGUUGAGGCUCGCGCCAGUCGCAAGCGACCGCGUGGAGAUGCUGACGGCCAGCCAUCUGAUGCAGGCCUGCCGACCAACGCCAUUCCCAGCCAAGAGGAAGCGGCUUCGGCCAAUGGUCGGGCAUCCAAGGCCAAGAAAAAGUACCAAGGCGAUCCUCUCUUCGCUACAGUGGUCGAUGACCCGGAAUAUCGCACCAUCAUCAAGGCACCCGACACCGCCGAAGGCGAGAGCCUGGUCGAACUGAACUGCAAAUUCUGUGGUGCAAAUUGCGCUACCGGCUCCGGUACCAAAUUGCUCUUCAAAGGAGACAGCUCUUGGCGUGGCCACAUCUGUGGGAUUCACCGACGCGAUGUGCCCGCCGGUAUCAGGGUCACCGCACAAGCCAAUCAAAUCACUUGCGUUUUCGCCCUCAAUGUACAAGACACCGCUGACCAUUUCCCCCUCGCUCUUAGGUAUCUCCUUGAGAACUGUGUCACGAUGAGAAAGCUCACCCCAGAUGAAACCAACGCGGUUUACGACCACAAGCACACUGAAUUUGCGGUGGUCCCCAAGGUGUUCCCCCCCGCACCCAAGAGCAAGCGCCCUAAGGUCAACGCCGCUAGGAUCUACGGAGAGGACGAAGCCGAGAAACAAAUGCUGGAGGCUGUCGAGGCGCCACUCAACCGCGCAAUCGCAGACCGUGAGAUGAUUGGCAACGAGCGCAACUUCUAUCCCAACGACGAGGCCGGAGACGACUCCGACUAUGCGGAGUAUGCUCAAGAGGACCGCCCGUUUGAAAUGUCCACUCGCAAAGGCGGACGUCGUACUAGGGAUACCCCCGAUUUUGCGGUCGGACGAGUAGAGUGA